AUGGGUGGAAUGGGCGGCAUGGGCGGCAUGGGUGGCAUGGACUUUGAGCAGAUGAUGAAGUCCAUGGGUGGCGCUGGCGCUGGCGGCCUGGACGAGGAGGCAGGACCGUCAGGAGUUGGCGCCGAGUCGGACGACUCGGACGACGAUGGGCCCCCGCCGCUCGAAGAGGCGGAGCCCGCGAAGGAGUAGACGAAUAGCUGCUGGACCUUAUGAUGAGCGUUAUGAACGAAGUGCAUGGUCGAUGAAUGCUGCUAUUUCUUGCUGAUAUCACAUUGUUGUACGUUCCGGUUCGCAGGAGCAGUCUAAUUGUACUUGGCGCCUUUCACUCAGGGCCGCCCACGGAUGCGUGCCUUCCAAACACGCAAGUUAAUUGUCGGGGUCGAGGCUUCGGCGUGUUGCUCCCUGCUAUCCGUGACAUCGAAGCCAUCAGUGAUCUCACCGCGCAUUUAAAGCCGUGUACGAGCGACAAUAAGUAUUCUAUGGAAUUGCUUGGUCUCAUGCUCAGCUGUCAUAUGGGAGACUUUUGUCCUAUUGUGACUGUCGUAUCUAACAGCAUAUCCUCGACGCAGAUGUGUGUCAGAGCCGGUUCCCGACAUGGGUUUCUGCCCUUUCUCGGAUAUACGACGAAAGGCCUCUUUCGUGCAGCCGCGUGUAUCUGGAGAGUCCUGAUGGUGUGCAAGAUUAGGGUCCUCGAGGCCUAAGGCCCUCAGCCUCGUGGUGGCAGACAGGUACCGCAACUUCCGAAAGGCGGCCGCACUGAGGUCCAAGAUUAUGUUGCCACGGCGAACCAUGAUUGACAGACCUGCCUGC